CAUGAUCAACUUUCUAGCACAAAGAUAUAUAACAUUUCUUCAACACUCACUCACUCCAAUUCUUUUGUAUGUCAAGGAUGAUGGAGCCACUAACUCUUGGAAGAGUGAUAGGAGAGGUUGUGGACAUCUUCACCCCAACUGUGAACCUGAAUGUAGUUUACAACCCAAACAGACAAGUUGCUAAUGGACAUGAGCUCAUGCCUUCUGUCAUUGCUGCUAAACCUCGCGUCGAGAUCGGAGGUGAAGAUAUGAGGACUGCUUAUACCUUAAUAAUGACAGACCCAGAUUUUCCAAGCCCCAGCGAACCAUACCUGAGAGAACAUCUCCACUGGAUGGUCACAGACAUUCCUGGCACCACUGAUGUCUCAUUUGGAAAAGAGAUUGUCGAGUAUGAAAUUCCACGGCCGGUCGUAGGCAUUCACAGGUACGUAUUCCUGCUAUUCAAGCAGAGAGGAAGACAAACAGUGAGAGCUCCAGCUUCCAGAGACAAUUUCAAUACCAGAAUAUUCUCGCAGGAGAAUGGUCUCGGGCUGCCUGUGGCUGCCGUCUACUUCAAUGCACAACGGGCAACUGCUGCUAGAAGAAGAUGUUGAUAACUUAGUACUGGAUUAACAUCAAUAAAAUUAAAAAUAUCAUAUAAAAAGAUUGAAGUUUUGUAUCUCCUGCUGUGCUGGUCUUCCCUAAAGCGUGGAGAGAGAGAGAGAGAGAAUAUGCAACUAUGCAUAUGAUCGUACGUACUAGGGUUUGUUAUUAUGUACGUACGUUGGCAACUGUUUAUUUAGUUGUACCAGGUAUUUGGGACAGUGGUAGGUCCCGUCGGUCAUUUUUUUUGUCUUCUGUUGAUUGUUGAUUGGUGUUUGGUGAUUCGGUUCAUGUAGCUAGGCAUCAUAGCUAAGUUACGUGUCGCCGUGCUAUUGCAACGUGGCAUGCUUAUCUGAGAAUAUAAUUCUUCUAGCGUUACUUCAAAC